AACUGUAUUGGUUCGUCGGCACACGCGCUAAACUGCGCGUGGCUCUUUGUCAUUGUUCUUCGCGCGAAAUCUCGCACUCUGUUUUGCCAACUGCCUGUCAUAUGUUCUCCCUCUCUCUCUCUCUCCUCUCUCUCUCUCGCUCCUUCGGAAAAGACGAGGUCCAUUGUAACCUACUGCCGUCCUUUUUCAAGAUUUCACAACCAUGUAUCCGGGUGGUUAUACGGCUGAAAUCACAAGCUUAUCACCAAGAUCUACAGAAAAGGAUGUUUAUGAUUUUUUUGCUCAUUGCGGUGCGAUUGAAUACGUUGAAAUAAUAAGGUCUGGUGAAUAUGCUCGUACGGCUUAUGUGACUUUCAAGGAUGCUUAUGCUCUGGAGACUGCUCUAUUGCUGAGUGGAGCUACAAUUGGGGACCGACGUGUAGGCAUUUCACGCUGGGGAGCAUUUAUAGAUGAGUCAGAUCCUUGGACUGGUCCUUCGCAGAAGUCUGAUGAUGUCACUGGUGUUGUGGCUACUCAUGCGAUGCCUAUGGUUUCCUCUCCGAGUGAAGCUGUGACACUUGCACAGGAAGUUGUCACAACAAUGAUCGCCAAAGGAUAUGAUCUGGGGAAGGAUGCAUUGACGAAAGCCAAGGCUUUUGACGACUCGCAUCAGGUGUCAUCCACGGCAGCUGCAAAGGUCGCAGAGCUGAGUGACAGAAUCGGCCUCACCGAUAAGAUAACCGCAGGCAGGGAAGUCGUGAGAUCCGUUGACGAGAAGUACCACAUUUCAGAUAUCACCAGAUCAGCAGUCCUCGCAACAGGAACUGCCGCCGUUGUUGCGGCAACAGUCACGGGAGAAGCGGCUGCAUCAGCCGCUCAUGCAGUUGUUAACAGCAGCUACUUCUCGAGGGGAGCUCUUUGGGUUUCGGAUGUCCUGAAUCGAGCGGCUAAAGCUGCGUCUGACUUGGCUAACCAUGGUAGUAAAUAAGAUAAGAAUCUUUUAAGUUCAUAAAACAUAUUGACCCAUCACGGUUAUGCAGAUAAUGAAUAAGUAAUGGUGGUUGCUCUCUCAGCAGUUGUAUGUAUGCCCUUAUGAUAGCAAUUGAAUUGUAGACAUUUUAGUCUGGUUGUGCAUAGUUCAGCCUUUUGUGUUCAUGAAACUCAAUAAGAACUUGGUGAUUUUGGAUCACUGCGCCGGACAUUGUCUCCUAUAAGAUGUCUAAAUUAUGCCUAA